UCACUCUCCACAGUAUGUAGGUAGUGGUUCUGUUCUGCCCGCUCGCCUCUUUUGUGUAAUUUCAUGCGAGGAAGCAAAUGAGGGUUCGCCAUGAUUGAACGACUCGCCAGCUCAUCGUCAACAACGCUUGCACACACCUGGCUUACCGCUUCUAUCAAUCAGCAUGUCCCCUCAAUGGCAAGGAAACCUUAGCAACACCAACGUCGACCUAUCAUUAGAUAACCUUCUCGCAUCGCUCCUCGUAACAGCCUACGCUACCCAAGACGAGCGCAUUACCAUCCAGGCCUCCGUCGCCGGAAUCUCUCCCUACUUCGUUCUCGGCACCGUGCUCCUGGGCCAUGCGCAGCUGUCGCAGGCCCUUUUGCUGGCCGCAUACGCUUAUCCAGGCGAUAGACCCCACCAGCCCGUGCUGCAGCAGAUUGCACACGGAACCUUGAAAGGCUGGCGGGCGUUAGGCGGCCUCUGGGGUUUGCUGCAUAUUGGCAUGCAGUGGGGCUAUGCCGUUGUGCUGCUCGUGCGAUUCUCGAUGUUCUACCCCGAGCGUGGGUGGACGAUCUACAUCCUCAACGCCGUGGCAAUCGCCUACGCCGCCGUCUUGCUCCUGCCCGUGGCAUACUUGACUCUACGACGACGGCCAACUUACAAUCAUGACAUGGGCAGCGAUAUUGUCAUCGGCUUCGCCUCGAUCGUCACCCAAUACACGGCGCCCGUCAUCAUCGUUGUCCAAUUCACGUCGCAGCUGCUUGAAAUGCGACACUCGGAUGGAACUCUUGGAGCACUGAGUCGCAACUCCCUUGGCGCGCAAGCGCUGGUCGUUGCGGGGAUGGGCAAGAGAUGGCGACAGCGGUUGGGAAGGCCUGCCUGGGAUAAUCACGAGCGGCCUGCUCACCCUCCGCUGUGGUACCGGUUGGAAAUGCUCUGGGCGCAGUAUCAAUGGGGAAUGGUGUGGAUGAAUCAGCUGUUCUAUGCUGGUGGUUGUGCUGUCUUGUGGAUGAGCGCCAUGUUGAAGUAGCGUGCAGAGACGAUUGAUCCAGUGGCAUUUGUGGGGAGAUAUUGGUUAGAUGCACCUUCUCCGCCAAUAUCUAGGAGCCCGCGGUUUUGAGUGCUUGGCAGAUACAGGCCGCCGUAGAGUCAGGUGUUGCAACCGAGCUGGCCCACACACGUCCCGCGAACCCUGAGCGGACAUCGACAUUUGUACCUACGCGGGCACCCCUCGUGCCACCUCUUCCACGCGAGCCGUUGUCC